GAGCCAUAAUGUUGACACAGUGAUCCUGUCUUCCAGGUUGUCACCUUCCUGUCUUCCAGGUUGUCACCUUCCUGUCUGAGAGCUGCGUAGCUGUUGAGAAGAGCUCCGUGGAACAGGGUACAGGGAAAGGAACCACUUGGUGCAUCAUGAUGGAGUGCUGAAAACCAGAGUAUUCCCCAACCCGGUCCUCCACACCACCCCCAGAGCGAGAGAAAGGGUUGAAACCAUAGCAACAGUCGUGUCCUACCUUGCCAUGAAUGAGGAGACCAGGACUUGUGACUGACCGAGGAAGCUGACAACAACACAACCUCAGACGAAAGAACAAUGAUGCAUAUCCAGGGUCGGACUGACUGGUAGACUGGUAACCAUUGCCAUGGAGUUUUGCAACGGCAGCCUGCUGGCUAGGUGUGCCCCCCUGAUGGAGCCGGAUGAGGAGGAAGGGGUGGUGAUUUCACCACCGCCGUCGCCGCCAGGGGUUGGGGCUACUAGUCCCUUCAUGCCUGUCACCCUGCGUGUGAUGCUGGCCGCCAUCAUGAUCUUCAUGAUAACCAUUGGUUUCCUGGGAAACGCUAUCGUUUGUCUGAUCGUCUACCAGAAGCCCGCCAUGCGUUCCGCCAUCAACCUGCUCCUCGCCACACUGGCGUUCUCUGACAUCAUGCUCUCGCUGCUCUGCAUGCCCUUCACUGCCGUUACCAUGGUUACGGCCGACUGGCACUUCGGGGGAGGGUUCUGCCGUGCUUCCGUUAUGCUCUACUGGCUCUUCGUCCUGGAAGGUGUGUACAUCCUCCUCAUCAUCAGUGUAGACCGCUUCCUAAUCAUCGUUCAGAGGCAGGAUAAGCUGACACCGCACCGCGCCAAGCUGCUCAUUGUCGCUUCCUGGGCGCUGUCCCUCUGCGUGGCGCUCCCGUCUGUGAUCGGCUGGCGGGCGGGCACGGCGGGUGUGACGGGCAUUGGGGAGGCCUGGGCGCCACAGUGCGUGCUGGGCUACAGUGAGUCGCUGUCCGACCGCAGCUACACGGUGCUGCUGGUGGUGGCUGUGUUCUUUGUGCCGUUCGGCAUCAUGCUCUACUCCUACCUGUGCAUCCUCAACACGGUGCGCCGCAACGCCCUACGCAUCCACAACCACACCUACGACCAGGCCAGCCUUCCGGCCCUCAACCAGGUCAGCAAGUUGGGUCUUACCGGCCUGCAACGGCCCCCCCAGGUCAAUGUGGACAUGAGCUUCAAGACCCGUGCCUUCACCACCAUCCUCAUCCUCUAUAUCGGCUUCUCUGUGUGCUGGCUACCCCACACCGUUGUCAGUCUGCUGGCCGUGUUCAGCCAAAGGUUCUACUUCAGCCCGGCUUUUUACCCGGUCAGUGUGGGGGCACUUUGGCUCAGCUACCUGAAGACAGUGUUUAACCCCGUCAUCUACUGCUGGAGGAUCAGGAAGUUCCGGGAGGCGUGUCUGGAAUUUAUGCCCAAGAGCUGCAGGCUGUGUCCCAGGUUGCCGGGCCGGAGCCGCAGGAGGGUGAGGCCCAGUAACAUCUACGUGUGCAGCGAGAUCCAGUCGGCUGUGUGAGGAAUUAACACUCCCUCUGAGAACACUUUCUGGUAACAGUGUAAAGCAGUGUUCACCAACCCUGGUCUUGAAGAGCAAAAGGGUGCUCCACUGGUGUGAAGGACCUACUAUACCUGCUCUAUGAUUUGUUAAGACAUCAACAUGUCAGCAGCAUAGACAGUUUGCUGCUGAAACAUUCCAGUCUUCUGAUUUUUUGGGGGCGUCUGAGUAAGAGCAAUCAGCAGAGUACAUUCUUGUGUUUUGUCUAAAGUGCUGUGGACACUGGACAGCCGUGAACAGAAGAACCCUCUCUCUUUUUUUGACUGUCUUUUUUUAUCCCUUCUCCGAAAAAGUUUUCUAUUGAACCAUUUCCCAGGUUUUUAAUUGGCUGAGUACUGUUGGUGAUCGUUUACCCAGAAGGCUCUUUUAUACGUCUGAUACUGAAAGUAAAUGAAAAGCAUAAAACUUGCAAUGAAAUGUUGAUCAAUAUAAAAAUGGUUGUUUCAGUGAAUUAAUAAUUGAUUUAAUGAGUUAACUAACAAACCAAUGAACACGUGUGUUGACAUCAACUAUGCAGAUGAAGCAUAUAGACUGAGUAUAAAUGAAAGAUAACAAAUCAUGGAAACACAGUUAUAACUGUUGUAUGUUGUGUACAUACACUGUGAUAGCAUUGUACCUUCCUAAUACUGGAACAAAAAUAUUGUAUGUUGGGCAUGCUGGUUGACAAAGGUUGAACCUGUUGUCGAACACAGACCACGUUAAGCAGUCCCCUGCCUCUACAAUGUCAAUGGUUGUGUUGCUGGGAUACUAAAGACCUCUACU